CCAGGGCAACCGCAAUGCGGCCGCACCUGAGCAAUGCGCCUGCGUGUUAUCGACGUCCCGCCGCUUUCCCUAAUCCCGGCCCUCGCCUCCUCCCUUCCUUAACUGCCAGAGCGGGGUGUUGCCCCUUUUCCUCGCAGAUUGAGGAUCGAUCCUUCGGGCGUUCCCCUCCCAGACCUGCCGCCGUGCCGGCGCCUCGUCCUCCCCUCAGACAGCCAGGGCUGCGGCGCCCGGCCGCCAACGGCUCCCGGCGUGCACCGCGGCGAGCGCUCUGAGGAGCCGGCGGGAUGCGCCGACCCCGCGGCGCCCCGUGAAUCCACGGCAUCCCUCCGCAGGGCCGCAGCGCACACCCGCCCGCCGCCCCGCCCAUGGGCCGCGGCUCACCACCCCUGGAGCAGGCCGAGCGCUGCAGCCAACUGAGGGAGCGUCGCAGGUCACCUGGAUGUCAGCAUGGCAGCCACAAACCUGGAGAACCAGCUGCAUAGUGCACAGAAGAACCUUCUGUUCCUUCAGCGUGAGCAUGCCAGCACACUCAAGGGGCUGCAUGCUGAGAUCCGGCGACUACAGCAGCACUGCACAGAUUUAACAUACGAGCUGACACUCAAAGGUUUCGAACUGACAGGAGACAGCUCUUCCAGAAAUGUGGAGCUGAAGAGACGCUGUGAAGAAUUAGAGGCCCAGCUGAAGGCCAAGGAGGAGGAAAACCUCAAACUGUUGCAAGAACUGGAGCAGAAGAACGCGGCCAUUGCCGUGCUGGAGAACACCGUCCGAGAGAGGGAGAAGAAGUACCUGGAGGAGCUGAAGGUGAAGAGUCACAAGCUGAGCAUGCUGUCAGGGGAGCUGGAGCAGCGUGCCAGCACCGUGGCCUACCUCACCUCACAGCUGCAUGCCGCCAAGAAGAAACUGCUGAGUUCUAGUGGCACCUCGGACGCCAGCCCAGCUGGCAGCCCGGGGCUGGCUAGCUAUAAGCCCACACCCCCCAAGGACAAGCUGCCAGAGACACCCCGCCGCCGCAUGAAGAAGAGCCUGUCAGCCCCACUGCACCCUGAGUUCGAGGAGGUCUAUAGGUUUGGAGCUGAGAGCCGAAAACUCCUCCUGCGAGAGCCAGUGGAUGCAAUGCCCGACCCCACCCCAUUCCUGCUGGCUCGGGAGUCCACUGAGGUCCAGCUCAAAGAGCGGCCACUUGUCAUCCCACCCAUCGCUUCAGAUCGUGGCGCCAGUGGGCAGCACAGCCCUGCCCGAGAUAAGCCACACAAGACCCAUGUUGGGGUGGCCCAUCGCAUCCACCAUGCCAGCAUGUCACAGGCUCAACCUGAGGGGGAGACCCGGGCAGUGGACCAGGUGACCACAGGGAAAGUGGUACGGAAGCACUCAGGGACAGACAGAACUGUGUGAAGCUGCGGCCAUCCCCCACAGCUGUCCAUGCACUGUGAGCGCCACAGGGAACCUCGCCCAUGCCUUCCUCAGUCCGCCAUGCCAAAUGUUUCCAGACCCAUGCAAUGCCUGGCUCGCCUCUCAUCCAAUAGUGACACCACUACAAUGGUGUCCCCACUGGCACUGUGGCUGAUACCUGCAUGCCAAUAGCUUGCUUCUAGCCCCAUGACAUGAGAUCUCGGCGCACUUGUGGACAAGGCCUCGUCCGCAUUACUAGGGCACACUCAGUCAGAUAGCCACCGCCCGAAGCCAGAGCAACUUCAGGACCUGCCUCUCCCCUGUUUGCAGGGCAGCCGACUGAGCAGCCCCCUGGCUCCUCCUAGAGACUCCCUCCCCCAACAGACAGUCACAAGCAGCUGUGUGUCAUAGGAUCUAAGCAAGAUGACCUCACUCUCCACAUCACCUCAACCCGAAUGUGUGUUCAUUUUUUUUUUUUUAUCCAAAAUGUUCAAGAUCCCAACAAAUGUUAUUUUCUAAACCCGCCCUCCUGCUCCU